AUGGAUAAUCGUGAAGUUGCAAUCCAAAACGCUAUCCGCGAUCUUAAUGCUGGUGUUUUUACAAGUCAGCGAGCUGCCUGUCAGGCCUGGGGCGUCCCUCGCUUAACUCUACAAGGCCGUCUCGCUGGUCGCGCGCCCAACGCGAUAGCUCAUCAUCAACAGCAGCGAUUAACUCCGGAGCAAGAGGAGUUUCUUGUUCAGUGGAUUUUAGAUGAGGAUCUUCGCGCUCAGCCUCCAGCGCACUCCCGUGUACGAGAGAUAGCGAUCCAGAUCCUUCACAUGAACGGCGAUUACGAACCUCUCAGUCACAACUAG